AUGUUUAGUUUUUUCCAAUUUUCUCAACGGUUCCCCAGCCCACUUCGCUUCCUUUAUUGAAAAUUAAUGGCAUUUCCGUUUUCAUCGUUCCCAACGUGCUAUAUGGAUCUCUUGUGUAAAAAAUGUUCAUGGACAAGAAGCUUUCGUUUAUACAUUGUUCUCCCUCCAGUGAAGCUGAACGGUGGCAGGCAGGUCCAAGGAGUCCUGCGAGGUUUUGACCCCUUCAUGAACUUGGUGAUGGAUGACUGCUUGGAGAUGGCCCCUGGGGGAAUCCAGAACACCAUAGGCAUGGUGGUCAUCCGAGGAAACAGUAUCAUCAUGUUGGAGGCCCUUGAGAGAGUAUGAGGGGUUGGGAUGGCAGAAUCGUCUUCAAAAAAAAGUGGAAUAGUGGACCUUUUUCUUUCCGGAUACGUUGACAGAUGUUUCAUUUGGAAAUGUUUUGAAUUGUGAAAUCUUGUGAAUAAACUUGGAUAUUUGUUUUCUUUA